AUGACCCGGGUGAAGAACUGGCGGGAGAGAGCAGCAUGGUGGUUGAUGGUCCAUUCUCAGGCCAAAGCGAAAUGGAGAGGCCCCAAUUGCCAUGGCAUCCACGGGACUAUCCACACUGGGGCCCGGUACCACCUAUCACUCACAAUGCGGAUCAUGAACGUGCCCGUAAGAGGAUUGGUAGCCCCUAUACUACCCGGUUCUUCGAUAAUCCCGGUCGGUACUCUACAGUCAACCGUGGACGUCUCCAAGGCUAUCCAGGACGCACACCUAUCUCGCCAAUUCCGUGCGCAACGUCUGUCGAUUCGGGGUGAGGAGCGCAUCUAA